AUGAACUACUUGAGGGGUGAGUGGAUACCAUGUGCGCAAAGUUCGACCCACAAGAUCGACACUCUCUUUCUUAGAUAUCACACUUCCAUUGAGGGAAAAGUGAUUGAACUAAGAAAGGACUUAGAGGAUUCGCGUUUGAAGGUAUUUAAAUUAACUGACGGUCCGCCAUAUGGUCACUUGAAUAUGGAAGUAAGCUUGUGGGCAAUUGAGUUGUUGAUGAAAGAACGAGCAAGAGAAAUUGUUGAGCGAUGUGGAUGUCGGCUACAUGAGACACAUGGUCUAACAUGUAAAUGUAAGAUGGAUGCACUUAGUGAUGCCGACGUGGAGUUACACCCUCACCACUUACAUCGAUUCUGGUCAUCUUUGGUGUAUGAGAGUCCUCCUGAUGGUGCAAAAUGGGGGGACCAUGAUGCCACUGAGCGGGGCAUUUUUGCAGCCAUGGUGGCAGAUGUGUACAGGCAAGGACCAGCUGCUGUCCGGAAGGCAUCUCAAUUACUACUCCCUCAUAUCCGUCCACAAGUUGCAGGCCUACUAGAGCCUAGGGAGUCAGAGGCUCCAAAGGGGAGACCACCAAAGAGGUCGAACACUAGAGAUCCUUCUUGGUUUGAGCACGAGAGGGCACGGUCGGCAAAGAGGAGCAAAACAAAUCAAAACACGAAAAAGACACAGAAGACGACUCCUACAGGAGGUGUCUCGAAAAGUCAACAUAUGCAAGUCCACAAUGAGAGAAAUGUGUGUCCCUAUCUCCGCUACAUCCCACCUAGUGUGCGCCCUCUUCUUAGAGGUUGGUUUGACCCAAUUCCAGACGGACAAUGUGGUUUUCGGGCCAUGUCACAUGCGAUUUAUGGAGACGAGGGACACUACGUACAAAUGAGGCAACAUCUUAUCACAGAAAUCAAUAAUCAUUGGGCUAUCUAUGAGGGAGUUUAUCUUUCCAGAGAUGGAUCGUUGGAGGCAGUACGUCACAGGAUUGAUUGUCGGACCGCUGGGAGUUGCACCCAAGAGUAUUGGUGUGAAGAGGUGGAUUUGUUGACAUUCGCAACCCUAUACAACUGUGCAAUGGUUGUUUAUGGACUGUAUAAUGAGCGGGUGACGUAUGGGUACACCGUCUUACCUAUGACGGCGCCGGAGGGGGUCAAUCAACCUAGUCAAGUUAUAAAGCUGGUUUUUACUGGGGCACAUUGGGUGCGACUAUAUGUCGGCGAAGUUGAUGGGGUGACACCAAUACCUCCUUUUAGUCCACAGUGGUCUCACUUCCGGGAUAUGCUAAGAGUUGCUGAUUGGGAUUCAUUAUAUGAGGCGGAGCGGCAAUUGUAUAUCGAUCUUGGAGGACAUCAUCCCGCCAAUGAUGAUGAGAGUGAUUAA